AUGCCGAGAGUUCUAGACCUUUGUGAUAUUGGAAGAAUUCUGGAGGUUUUGCACUGUGUGUUGGUGGAAAGUCCAGAAGCUCUAAACAUUAUUAAGGAAGGACAUAUUAAAUCGAUUAUCCGUCUUUUGGACAAACAUGGAAGAAACUAUAAGGUUUUAGAUGUCUUGUGCUCUCUCUGUGUAUGCCAUGGAGUAGCUGUGCGGUCUAAUCAACAUCUUAUCUGUGACAAUCUCCUACCAGGAAGAGAUCUCCUCCUACAGACACGCCUUGUGAAUCAUGUGAGCAGCAUGAGACCCAAUAUCUUCCUUGGGAUCAGCGAAGGCUCCGCCCAAUACAGAAAAUGGUACUAUGAGCUUAUGGUGGACUACGUGGAGCCCUUUGUGACAGCAGAAGCAACUCAUCUUCGAGUGGGCUGGGCUUCAACAGAGGGCUAUUCACCAUACCCUGGAGGAGGUGAAGAAUGGGGUGGAAAUGGUGUUGGCGAUGACCUGUACUCUUAUGGAUUUGAUGGUCUUCAUCUGUGGUCAGGCUGUAUUGCACGGACAGUCAAUUCUCCCAAUCCACAUUUGUUAAGAACGGAUGAUGUCAUCAGCUGCUGUUUGGAUCUAAGUGCCCCAAGCAUCUCAUUCCGGAUAAAUGGUCAACCAGUUCAAGGGAUGUUUGAGAAUUUUAACAUAGAUGGUCUCUUCUUUCCAGUCGUCAGCUUCUCUGCAGGAAUAAAGGUACGUUUUCUGCUUGGAGGCCGCCAUGGAGAGUUCAAAUUCCUGCCUCCACCUGGGUAUGCUCCUUGCUUUGAAGCUGUUCUGCCAAAAGAGAAGCUAAAAGUGGAACAUAGCCGAGAAUACAAACAGGAUCACCACUGUACAAGAGACCUAUUGGGUCCAACCAUCUCUUUAUCCCAAGCAGCCUUCACACCAGUUCCCGUAGAUACUAGCCAGAUUGUUUUGCCUCCUCACCUGGAAAGAAUUAGAGAAAAAUUAGCAGAGAACAUCCAUGAACUCUGGGUUAUGAAUAAAAUUGAACUUGGCUGGCAGUAUGGCCCAGUUAGAGAUGACAACAAAAGACAACACCCGUGCUUAGUAGAGUUUUUAAAGUUGCCAGAGCAGGAACGAAAUUAUAAUUUACAAAUGUCACUUGAGACGCUGAAAACCUUGUUGGCAUUAGGUUGUCAUGUUGGAAUUGCUGAUGAAUAUGCUGAAGAAAAAGUGAAAAAACUGAAACUUCCUAAGAA